ACAAACUUGAAGUUUUUGGUGCAGUUAGGGAAAACGCCGUCAGAAGCACUGGGCAUGCUGCAAAAAGUGUACGGGGAUGAGACAAUGUCACGCUCACGUGUUUUUGGGUGGUGCAAGAGGUUCAAAGAGGGCCGGGAGGACGUGGAAGAUGACCCCAGGAGUGGAAGACCCUCAACGAGCAGGAAUGAGGCCAAUGUUGAGCGCGUCAAGCAGAUGGUGCGUGACGAUCGUCGGUUGACUGUUCGACAGAUCGCAGAUGAGCUUGGCAUGAACCACAACAGCGUGUGGAAGAUUAUCACUGAAGAUCUGGGCAUGCAGAAAGUCUGUGCGAAGAUGGUGCCGAGACUCCUGAACGAUGACCAGAAGGGACGACGCAUGCAGGUGUGUCAGGACAUCCUCGAGCGUCUGGAAACUGAACCAGACUCGCUCAGGAGAGUCAUCACCGGCGAUGAGUCCUGGGUAUUUGAGUACGACCCGGAGACCAAACGCCAGAGCCUUCAAUGGAAGAGUCCGGCGUCGCCACGGCCGAAGAAAGCAAGGCAGUCCAGGUCCAGCUUCAAGGUCAUGUUGAUCGCUUUCUUCGAUGUGAGGGGCAUCGUCCACUGCGAGUUCUUGCCACAGGGCCAGACAGUCAACCAACAUGUGUACAAAGAAGUACUGCGGCGUCUGCUUCGUGCAGUGCGCGAGAAGAGGCGGGAGUUGUGGCAGGGCAACUCGUGGCUGCUUCACCACGACAAUGCACCUGCUCACAAUGCCCUGAUGAUGAAUUGGGGGUUUUGGGCGCCUGAUGGCACUGUGGUUUUUGUGAGUGAUUUGUUCCUGGGGUCGGCAUCCGACAAAGACAUAGCCCUGCGCAGCGGGAUCUUGGAAAGACUGUCUCCAGGUGACUUUAAAGUGGCUGACAAGGGCUUCACGAUCCGCAACGUGGUGCUGAAGGAGUCGCUGAAUCUGAAGCUGGCGCAGAAGGAAAAGCUGCGACUGACGACGGCGCGGAAGGAGGCGCUGCUACGCACGUGGCGCUGA